AUGAGGUCGCUGCUCCCACUGCUCGUGGCCGCGCUCGUCGCUGUCGUCGCGUUCCCCGACGGGGCCGACGCGGUCUGGACGCCGAUCGCCAACCCGGGGACCCUGGUGGUAAAGCAGGUGGGCAACUUCGCCGUGAUCGUCUACAGCAACGCCGACCCCCGCAAGCACCUGCCCCUGCAGUUGGUGAACGUGGUGCGAGGCGAGACCCAGCCGGUAGGGAACGGCAUUACCGACUACCGGCUCGUGCUGAAUGUGAAGAACACAGACACCGGGAGCACAGCGCUGUACCAGUGCGUCGUGCGGGGCAAGCCCGGGUCUCGAUCCACGGCAUGGGUGCUGCGCAGCUUCGUGCCAUACGACGCGGUCUGGACGCCGAUCGCCAACCCGGGGACCCUGGUGGUAAAGCAGGUGGGCAACUUCGCCGUGAUCGUCUACAGCAACGCCGACCCCCGCAAGCACCUGCCCCUGCAGUUGGUGAACGUGGUGCGAGGCGAGACCCAGCCGGUAGGGAACGGCAUUACCGACUACCGGCUCGUGCUGAAUGUGAAGAACACAGACACCGGGAGCACAGCGCUGUACCAGUGCGUCGUGCGGGGCAAGCCCGGGUCAAGAUCCACGACAUGGGUGCUUCGCAGCUUCGUGCCAUACACGCAGGCGGCAUAG